UCCGACUCAUUGCAUGGCAAUUGCCAGUUUGCCAACGAAGCUGGCGUGCCGCCGAUGUGUGAAGCAUCAUCCUGUCAUCAUCGCUUUGACGGGUAUGCCUCUUGAUAGACCUGCUUCUUGCUGUGGAAUGCUGGAAGUCAAACUUGCACCUAACCUCAUGUGCCAAGACGAAAUGAGUCCGUGCCCCAGUCCCUUAUGUUAUUUCGGUCGUUGGUCAACUAUCCUAUCUUCUCAAGACAGAAACUGGGCAAUUUAUUUGACCAGUCUGCUUGGUUUGACACAUCCAGCCUGUUUUAGUCUAGAAAAAAUCCAGGUUGUUGUCCUCACUCUUCUUGCUGCUUAAUACUCGCAUAAGGGCAAAAGCAGAACCCUCGAUCUCUUGGCAUUUGCAUUCACCAAGAAACUAUGAGCUGCUGCUUCCCACUGGGAACCAUGCUUUGGGUCCUAUGCGUCUUGCAGUUCAUGUUCCACAUGGCAGGUGGCUGCGCAAUCGAGGAGAGGAUUGCUCUUAUGCGCAUCAGAUCUUCGUUGGUGGAGGCAAACUCUGAAGUUCCUGCUUCUUGGGGACGGAGUGACGACUGCUGCUCCUGGGAAAGGGUCCGAUGCAACAACAGCACACGUGUGUCGGGUCUCAACCUCGACUCCGUGUACCAGAGAAAGGAUCAUACCAUUGUACCAGUUGGAGGUCCAUGCUGGAAUCUCAAUUUGACCAUAUUUUCCUCGUUUCAUGAGCUUCAGCAGCUGGAUUUAUUUUGGAAUUCCGCUUGUCUUCAUAAUUUUGAUGGCCUUCAAGGAUUGACUAUGCUUCGGUAUCUCAACCUCAGCAACAACAGAUUGAUCGAGAAUAAUAUCUUGGAAUCUCUUGGUAAAUUGGCUUCUCUUGAAGUCAUAAAUUUUGAGCGAACCGGUUUGAGCGGUGCUCUUCAGAAUAUUGCUUUCAGAAAUCUCAACAACUUGCGACAUUUGCGUCUAGGAUCCAACCGACUCGAUGGAAGCAUCCCAGCUUCCUUAUUUGAGCUUCCUCGCCUUCAAUUUUUGCAUCUUUCAGAAAAUCUCCUUCGAGGACAUAUACCGAAGAUAGACCACUCGACAAACCUUAAGAACUUACAACUACUGCAUUUGAGAACCAAUCAAUUGAGUGGAAGUAUCCCAACAUCCUUAUUUAAGCUUCUUCAGCUUCAAUCUUUGGAUCUUUCAGAAAAUCUCCUUCAAGGACAUAUACCGAAGAUGGACCUCACAGGAACCCUCAAAAACUUGCGAGAACUGUAUCUAGGAUCCAACCGACUGAAUGGUAGCAUCCCAACAUAUUUAUUUGAUCUUCCACGCCUCGAAUACUUGUAUCUUUCGGGAAAUCUCCUUGAAGGACAUAUACCUAUAAUCUCACCUUCGAAUCUUUGUUUAUCGCUUCAAACUCUCAAGUUAGCAGAAAAUAAUCUAAAUGGAAAGUUCGAUUUCUUUUGGCUACGAAACUGUGCCAUGCUACAGGAGGUAGAUCUAUCAAGGAAUGCUGAAUUAGAUAUUGAUGUGACGUUCCUUACAAGUGUGACUCCAUUUCAACUGAGAGCACUAAUGCUCUCUGGGUGUAACCUUGACAAUACAAUCAUUUCAGGACCAAAUUUAUUUGGCACACAACGUCAUCUGCAAUCCCUUGAUCUGUCCAACAACAACUUUUCAGGGAGCUUGCCCAACUGGAUGUUUACAAAUGAAGCGCCUUUGCUCUAUCUGGGUCUUGCACAUAACUCGCUAGUAGGAUCAUUGGAUCAUCUGAUGUGGCAGCAACAAUCAAAUCUCCGAAUGAUCAACAUAUCUAUGAACUAUUUCACAGGACAGCUUCCAAUGGACAUCAGCUCAGUAUUUCCGAAUCUGACAGUUCUCGAUGCUUCUGAUAAUAAUAUUUCUGGACAUUUACCACCAUCUCUGUGCAACAUUAACGACUUGGAAUUUGUGGAUCUAUCAAACAAUAAACUUACAGGAGAGGUGCCAUCUUGCUUGUUCACUGAGUGUGGGUCGCGGGAUUUCCUGAGGCUCUCGAACAACAAUCUGGGGGGUCCGAUACUUGGUGGGGCCAAUAAUAAGUCUAUUUGUGGAGGAACAAUAUAUCUUGAUAGCAACUAUUUUGAGGGACCAUUGCCUAACAAUUUAUCAGGUGAAGUGUCAAUCAUGGAUUUUCAUGAUAAUAAAUUGUCAGGUGAACUUGAUGUAUCAUUUUGGAAUAUUCCUUCAUUGGAAUUUCUUAGUGUUGCUAGCAACAGUUUAACUGGUCAAAUUUAUCCAACAAUCUGCAAAUUGACUAGUCUUAAGUAUUUGGAUAUAUCCAAUAACGACUUUGAAGGAUCUAUACCAAACUGCAGCAGUAAGUUAAUGUUGUAUUUUCUGAACAUGUCGAGCAAUACCCUCUCAGGAUUUCCUAGUUAUUUUUUCAAUAGCUCCAACGUUGAAGUUCUCGAUAUAAGGUAUAACCGGUUCAUGGGCAGUCUUGAUUGGAUACUACAUCUUUAUCAAAUAAAAUUGCUCUUGUUGGGCGGGAAUAUGUUUGAGGGGCAUAUCUCUGCAGAACUCUGUCAUCUCCAGUACUUGAAUAUUAUUGAUAUGUCGCAGAACAGACUUUCAGGUUCAUUGCCACCUUGCAUUGGUGCAAUCCCAUUUGGAUACCAUACAGAUGAUGAUGAUUUUUUGUCCAAUUAUUUCUACGAUGUGCCCUUUGAUGUGUCGCUUUCUAGUAUGGAUUUGCCGUUGUUUGACGCCAUUUAUGUCCUCCAAGGCUUCACCUUCUCCACUAAAGGGAACAUUUACACAUUUAGCCGUGGUUUCUACAAUCUCAUGUCCGGCAUUGACUUAUCGGCGAACAUGCUAUCAGGGGAGAUCCCUUGGGAGAUAGGGAAUCUGAGCCAUGUCAAGUCCCUCAAUCUAUCGCAUAAUUUCUUUAUCGGUCAAAUCCCAGCUACCAUUGCAAACAUGAGCGCUCUAGAAAGCCUGGACUUAUCCCAUAACGAAUUGGGCGGACCUAUACCAUGGCAACUGACUCAGAUGUCAUCUUUGGAGGUGUUCUCUGUGGCCUACAACAACUUGUCAGGGUGCAUACCAAACUCCGGCCAGUUUAGCUCGUUCAACAUGGAGAGCUACCUGGGCAACACAAACCUUCAGAAUUCGUCACAGGAGAACCAGUGUUCUCCUGAUCUGGGCCCUAUGGAAGUAGAAGAUGUGGGCGAGGCAUCUGAUGAUCCGGUCCUUUAUAUUAUCUGUGCCGCCUCAUUCGUAUUGGCAUUCUGGGCAACUGUUGUGUUCUUGUUCUGCCUUCCAUUUGGACAGCGUGUGAUGCUUCAGCUAUAGUUCAUCACAACUGUUGUUGUGCAGGUGCAACCAAUGUUUUUCUUUUUAUUCUAGUUAUGUGUAGCGAUAAAGCCAAGUUUUCUUACGUUUUGAAUCUCUCCAUCACAUUGUACCCUUUUAACUUCUGUUCUAAGAUGAAUGUAUCGGACCGUACAAUUCAACA